UUUCAGGUUUGCAUCCAACUACCAUCUGUUGUCGUCAACACUAUUCUCGCUCUGAAGAGUCUUGUCUUCACUGCGAAUUCACUUCCUGCAUACUGAAUAUAACACAUCUGUAGCCUGCUCAAAUCUUAGAUUCCACCACGGUGGCUUAUACAGGGACCCCACUCUAUUAUUGGGGAUUAACCCAACAGAUUCGUUUGCGAUACGUAGAACACAAAUAGCGGCGUGUUAGGCCGUCAAAUAAUGACGGAUUAAUGCCAAAUUAUUCUAGCUUAUGUUCCGGUCUAAUCUUGUUUUUUGUUGGUCACGCUCGACCCCAAGACAUACGCGAGCAUGCUUGGGCCCGUCUGAAAACUACUAAAGCAGCUUCGCCUCCGGAGCGUGGAUAUACUUACAUCAACCGUGUUCCUUUGACUCGGAAACGCCAAUACGGAGACGCAAAAUCGCGUCGUGCUGCUCUCGUGCCACCGAUUAUAACUGCGUUACCUUCUAUUACUCCAAUUCGCGUGUCAACCACGCCCUGCUUCCCAGAGCCUCCAAGUGUCAUCGAUGGAUCUUAUUCGCAACACUUUAGCUCUGAGGCCGAGCAUCAGCUGCGUUUGCAGCUUUCUAUAAUAAGCAGGAAGCUUCCAACACCUCAAGAGCUAGACGAUGAAGAUGAAUGCCCUCACUGUCCUCGUGUCAAGCGCGUGGGAUCUCCUGAUACGCUCUCUUCUGCCUCCACUACUGGUCCUCCUCAAACUCCAGGCGAUCAUGAAACCAUCGAUCCAGCUGUUCGCCAACGUCUAGGGUCUAUCUCUCAAUCUCGUCUAUACCAAAUUGCUACAUCGGAGAUCUUCCCUCCAUCUAAAAAUUCAAAAAAGGACACGACGCCAAAAGUCGGUCCUUUUGCUAUCCUGCAUGAGCUCGAUCAUGGAAGCUAUGCCUCUGCCUUCGCCGCUCGAGAUCUUGCUACCUCUCGUGUUAUCUGCACCAAAGUCUUCUCAAAAAAGCGAACUUCGGAACGUCAAGAACGUUAUGUCGGACUUCUAACUGAGCUAAUCGCAUACCAACAUAUCUCCUCUGUUGAGGAGAAUGCUCGAAAAUGGUUGAUGGAACUUCAUGGCGUCGUACAAGACACCCGCAACGUGAUCUACGUGAUGGAUCUUAUGGAAUGUGACCUAUUUUCCUUGCUGAGAACCCCAAUCAAACGCCCUCUGAUCAAGAGAUGGAUCGCACAAAUCGCGUUGGCAAUUGAUUCACUCCAUAAAAUGGGCAUCAUGCACCGCGACGUGAAACCGGAGAACAUCUUACUGGUCCCUGGUACUGAAAAUGUCCGACUAACAGAUUUCACCAACGCGUGGAUCUCGCCGCUCAGGAACCAGUUCACAAUUUCCCAACAUACUGAGCCUUUACACUGGUACAUGACAUAUUCUAGCCAUCACCUCGGCACCAGGGAAUAUCUUGCACCCGAAAUGCAUUCUAAGCAGCGAUAUGGGCUCGCAGUGGACUGGUGGGCUCUCGGAUGUGUUCUGUUUGACCUGCUGGUAGGAGACGUUAUUUUCCCAGAUGCUGAGGCGGUUGCAGAGUAUGUCAGAUGGAGAGCCGGUGGUAAGGAGGCCUCUGAUUUCUUUACGAAGCGAAGCGAAGCUCUUCUGCCUGCCGAUCUCGACCUACUAUGUGGCCUUUUGACCGUUGACACCAGAGCUCGGUACCGUUUGAAGAGCGUCGAAGCAAGCCAGUUCUUCGCAUCCGACAAAAAUCUUUUCGACAGUCUGCGGAAGAUGACAUCUGCUGACAUAUGUGGAGAAACAAAACCAAGCCCCGAAGAGUUGGAGUUCUAUGCCUCCUUCAAAGAUACACCUAUCAAUCACGCAAAACCCGAACGACCUGGCAAAAAGGCUGGCAGCACGUCACUCUCUGCGUAUGAUCGAAUUGACAAAGAAGAUUACAGCUUCUUUGGAUGGAUAAGUCCUAACGGCAUUUGGGCUGACCCGACGUGACAAAUUGAUUUCUGGCCUUCUCUUGCCAUACCUUCUAAUACAAUUAAUUAAUCUUUUCUUCUUGUCUUCUACUUUUGCUUUGUUUUUGUUCCCUUUGUACUUCGCUCUCGAUGCUCGGCUUCUAGCUAGGUCGCAAUCCGCUAAUAAUUGGUAAUGUGUACCAUACUGAAUGUGAAAUCCAAACUUUUAAUUCUAUCCGCGAUUUGAGUACAGCACCAAGCAUGAGUCCAACGACUCGAACAAGAUAUGUAUGUAAGCGGAAAAACACAUCGAAUCCACAAGAAACAAAUAAUGUGAGUGAGAGAGUGAGAGAGACUAACAAAACGGAAGAGAGAGAGAGUUAUACGUCCAAGGGGAGAGAGUAAUAGAGUAGAGCUGUGUAU